CUAACCCGCCAGUUUGUGACAGUGUGUGGCAGUGGUUGUCAGGCGUGUAACUGCAAGGAAGAAUUCGUUAGUCCAUUCAAGUGAUUCAAGCAACAAUGCUGGACAGGGCUGGGAUCGUCAGCAUUUUCUGGCUGCUUGCACUUUUCGGUUCAUAUUGUCAAAUGGCACCAGCGGCGGCGGGCGGCGGCUCCGGACGCGGCCAGCUGUGGGAGGCGGGCGAGGGCCGCGCCUACCGCCUGGAGACCACCGUGCUGCUGAACGACGCCCGCGGCGGCAGGGACGUGGGCUUCCGGGUGACUGGCGUGGUGACGGCGGGCUGCGUGUGGCAGGGCGCAGGGGACAAGUUGCUGCGCCUCGAGCUGACGGAGCCGCAGCUGCACAUCAAGUCGCGCAAGGCGCCGGCGCCCGAGGGCUUCGUGGCGCACUCCUCGGCGCUGGACGGCCUGGACGGCGGGGUCUUCCUCGCGCACUGGCGCGGCGGCCGCCUGGAGCACGUGUACCUGGCGCAGGGCGAGCCGCCCUCGCUCGCCAACCUCAAGAAGGGCGUCGCCGGCCUCUUCCAGUUUCAGACUCAGGACACCGAGUUGACGGAGAAAGAUGCGUCCGGCAAGUGUGAGGUGACCUACAAGACUAUAGACAAGUACACGUUUGAGAAAACCAAAACCAGCUGUGUCUCUGGGAAGAAAAUGCCGUACAUUCUUCACCCUGACCAGCUGAUGGGCGCCGCGGUGAGGUCGAGGCGGGAGGCGCGGUACGUGCUGACCCCAGACAUGUCCGCGCUCCAGUCGGCGGUCAUGGAGGAGAGCCACGAGAUGACAGCCGUGCUGAGGGAGGAGGCGGGGAACGUGGUGUGGGCGAGGCAGGAGAUUGUGCUCACAGACAGCGCAGUGACGAUGCUGCCGGUGUCUGGCGACACGGUGGACGAGGCGGUCAGAGAGCUGGAGGCCACCUCGGGGAGGACGUACCAGAAGCAGUCGCUGGUCCUGGACAGGGAGGCAGCGACGUGUCAGGAAGACUGCCCCUCGUUGGCGAAACUGGUGAAGGAGAAUCGCGGGCACCUCCUUGCCGACCACCUGGGCACGUCUCGCUCGGCCGCUGCGUUCAUCAGGCUAUUGGGGGUCGCGCGCCAGGCGACCAAGGAGGAAAUUAAAAAGGUCUUGAAGAGCUCCAAAAAUGGAGAGAUUGUACAGCAACUGAGCGACCUGGUGGGCGCGACGCAGACGGCCGCCGCUCACCAGGCGGCGAUGAGCACCCUGCAGCUCGGCUCGGACGACUCUCUGGACAGGAGCGAGCGGUACCUGUGGUCGCUGUCGCUCGGCUCCCACCCGCACCAGGACGUCAUCAGGGACGUGCUGACUGCGUGCAGGAAGCACUCGGAAGCGCUGGAAGCAGCGGAUGAUGGCCCGGGCUCUAAGCUGGCAGAGACGCUGCUGCUCACGGUGGCCGCGAUGGCAAACAGAUUCGCCCGGCUGCCGGGGAACGAGGACCACAAGCUCGUGGGAGACGUGAAGAGCUUCCUGGAGGCGGGGCUGGCGGACUGCAAGGGCCAAGCGUGCAGGCAGAGGCACCUCCGCGCCCUCAGGAACCUCCGGCACGAGGCCACCAUCCCGACCCUGCUCCGCCACGCCCUCGACGGCGCCCAGAAGACCAGCGUCGCGGCCAUGAAGGCCGUCCGGUCGUUCCCGCCGGCCAGCUGGAGCGACCACGUCAAGAAGGCGGCCGAGCAGAUAUUCUUCCAGGUGGGUCGGAAGUAUGACUCCAGUUCCAGGACGCUGUCCUUGGACGUCCUGCUGGAGUCUGAGCCCCGCAAGGAGCUGCUGAGGGACCUCCUGCGCUGGCUGACGCAGCACCGGGAGCCGGCCUACGAGGUGAAGCAGUACUUGCUCCAGCGGCUGAGGCAGCUCGGGGAGCGAGGAGGCGGCCUGGCCGACGCCCUCCGCGAGCUGGAGCGAGACGAGGGGGCGCUGCUGCGCAACUACCACGCGCUGGCCCAGCGGGGGCUGUCCACGGCGUUCACCCGCCCCUUCCUCCGCCACCCCAGCGCCAACGGCAGCCUCCUCACCGUCCAGGAGGUGUCCGGAGGCCUGCUCAAGAGGGGAGUCGUCGACAUCGUCCUGGAGCGACACGGCACGGCCCAGGAGAUGUUCUCGCUGGGGCUGUUUGCCGGCGGCAUGGGGUCGUUCAUCUCGUCGGACGACGACGAGCCCGCGGGGGACGACGAGCCGGAGGAGCCCGCCAACGCGGGCAUGGAGGUGGUGGCCCUGGGCGUCCAGGUGCGGCCGUUCGUGUUCUUCAGCGGGCAGGGCGACCUCAUGGGGCACGUGUGGUCCGGCACGGCGUCGGAGAAGACCCCGGCGUUCCAGAUGAUAGCCCUGCUCCAGGACCACCUGGAGUACAUCCCCCUGCAGACGGGCUUCGUGGCGGAGCUGAGUCUCGUGGGGGCCGUCUCGUUCGACCUGUCCGGCCAGAUACAGCUCAGCCUGUGGUACAAGACCGCCCACUCCCUGGUCGAGAAGAACGCGGGCAUCUUCCUGCAAGGCCUGGCGAAGGUGGACUCGUCGUUCGUGCGCAGCCAGGCUGAGUUCACGCUCGCCACGGAGGCGAAGCUGAACCUUGAGUCGGACGUGUCCUUCUCCGACAAGGUCGCCAUGUGCAUGCAGCUGAAGCAGCCCGACUCCGUCAUCAGGCACAACGUGUACAAGGUGGAGCGCAUCCCGGGCAGCAAGCACAGGCUGCGCAAGUCCAAGUACAAAGUGAUCCAGGUGGCCGGCAGGACUUACGCCCUGAACCAGAAGAACAACGAGAUGUGCGGCGUGAUACACUCGACGUGAGGAGGGCGACCGCGCGUGUGCCCGCAGAGGGUCCUUGGUCGCAGCUGCACGUUCGUGGAUUUUGUCCGUGCAAACCGUGCAAACUGAUCCAUUGUUACCAUGAGGAUGUUUUCGGAAUUAAUGGCAGCAGAUGAAUCUUAAAUUUUAAAAAUACAUAUAAGUCAUUCCAGUGUGCCUGUGAUCAUUAAUAAAAACAGUGUGUGGAUAUAAUCUCCUAUCAAGUAAUUGAAAGAAAGACAUGAUAUAUGCAAAAAAAUGUUAUAAUAAUUACUUUAUUAAAGAACUGUAUGCUUUAUUUUAAAAUUAAAAUUUUAACAAAUAGAAUUACUUGGUUGAAAUUAGAAAGAUGCUGCAAUGUAUCAAAAUUGUUUUGUCUUAUAAGUGGUUAGCUAGUAAAAUUUAGAUUUGUUUAUUGCAAUCAGCUAUCAUCAAGUUUGUAUUCAUUUCUAUAAUUUUCUGUGUCAGAAACAGCAUAUUAUUUUAUUUUAAAUAGGUAUGUUUAGUACGCAUGUGUAUCGAGUGUAAAUAUGGAAGAAACUUGUACCGCAUAUUGUUCCUAAUGUCAAUUGUUACAUAUUAUAUGAAUCUGAUAUAUUUUUGACUGAGUAGCAAACUUUUUUCAAUCAAAACAUAGAUGGAUUGUAGCUUUGUUGAAAGUGAAAAAAAAAAAUGUAUAAUAUUAAUUUUUAAUUUCCGUACAGUGUCGUUUAUUAUUUUACUUGCUUCCACAUCCACAUCUCAAAGCAUAUAUUUUAUAACCCUUGUGUUUUAUAUCACAGUAGGUACCCUGUCACCAUUGAUGGUAAGGCCUCUCUUUCAG